AUGACGACCAAGCGCAAGGCUUCCGCCAUGGGGACGGCGGUGGAUGAUGAGCCAGUGGACCCGUCGGAUGAACUCGCAUUCUACUGCCUGGGCGGCGGCAACGAAGUCGGCCGCAGUUGUCACAUAUUGGAAUACAAGGGCAAGACGGUGAUGCUCGACGCUGGUAUGCAUCCGGCCAAGGAGGGGUUCUCUGCGCUGCCCUUCUUCGAUGAAUUCGACCUGAGCACAGUGGAUGUUCUCUUAAUCAGCCAUUUCCACGUCGAUCAUUCCUCCGCCUUACCAUAUGUGCUCAGCAAAACCAAUUUCAAAGGAAGGGUCUUCAUGACCCCGGCCACCCGAGCUAUCUACAAAUGGCUCAUUCAAGACAAUGUGCGAGUCAGCAAUACCUCUUCUUCUUCCGAUCAGCGUACGACGCUAUACACUGAGCGCGAUCACUUAUCAACACUCCCUAUGAUUGAAACAAUCGACUUCUACACCACACACACGAUCAAUGGCAUUCGAAUCACUCCAUAUCCCGCAGGCCACGUUCUGGGAGCGGCCAUGUUCAAGGUCGACAUUGCGGGCUUGGUAACUCUGUUUACUGGAGAUUACUCUCGUGAGGAAGAUAGACAUUUAAUUCCCGCCGAGGUUCCCAAGGGCACCAAGAUCGAUGUCCUCAUCACUGAAUCUACAUUUGGCAUAUCCUCAAAUCCGCCCCGUCUAGAACGUGAGGCUGCGUUGAUGAAGUCAAUUACGAGUGUCUUGCACCGCGGCGGUCGUGUUCUGAUGCCCGUGUUUGCUCUCGGCCGUGCCCAAGAGUUACUUUUAAUUCUCGACGAGUACUGGGAAACCCACCCAGAGCUACAGAAAUUCCCUAUUUACUACAUCGGAAAUAUGGCGAGACGUUGCAUGGUUGUGUACCAAACGUAUAUCGGUGCUAUGAACGACAACAUCAAGCGUCUUUUCCGCCAGCGUAUGGCCGAAGCCGAAGCUAGCGGCAACAAGAGCGUUAGUGUUGGUCCCUGGGAUUUCCGAUUUGUUCGAAGUCUCCGCAGCUUGGAGCGCUUUGAUGAUGUGGGUGGAUGUGUGAUGCUUGCUUCCCCUGGUAUGCUGCAGACAGGUACCAGUCGGGAGUUGCUCGAACGAUGGGCACCUAGUGACCGCAACGGCAUUGUCAUGACCGGUUACAGUGUAGAGGGAACCAUGGCCAAGCAGUUGCUUAAUGAGCCCGACCAGAUCCCUGCUGUGAUGUCGAAGGUUUCAACCGGGCAUGGUCGUGGUCGCGUUCCUGGAGCCAACGAUGAAGACCAGAAGGUUAUGAUACCCCGCCGAUGCACAGUUGAUGAAGUCAGUUUUGCGGCCCAUGUCGAUGGUGUCGAGAACCGCACAUUUAUCGAGGAGGUUGCUGCACCUGUAGUGAUCCUUGUCCACGGAGAAAAACAUCAAAUGAUGAGACUCAAGUCCAAACUACUGAGUCUCAACGCCGAUAAGACCGUCAAAGUCAAGGUUUACACACCGGCAAACUGCGACGAAGUACGCGUUCCUUUCAAGAAAGAUAAAAUUGCCAAGGUUGUCGGCAAACUUGCCGAGCUUGCACCCCCCUCUGAGGAGGAGGAUGCUCAACUCAUGGCCGGUGUCUUGGUCCAAAAUGGAUUUAACCUAUCACUGAUGGCCCCUGAUGAUCUACAAGAAUAUGCUGGAUUAACAACUACCACCAUCACCUGCAAGCAACACAUCACUCUAAGCUCUGCAAGCAUAGACUUGAUCAAAUGGGCCCUUGAGGGAUCCUUUGGAGCUAUCGAGGAAGUUGAAAGCAGCAAGCAGGCCGACAACCCUGAAAAGAUCGAGAAGAUUGAGAAGGACGAGGAUAUGGACACAGAUGACACACCGAAGCAAGAGGAUGCUGAAGAGGAAGUUCCUGCGGAUGAGACACAUACAUUCCUUGUCAUGGGCUGUGUAUAUCUUCGCCAUCACUCGCGCACACGCGAGCUUGAAUUGGAGUGGGAAGGAAACAUGAUGAACGAUGGCGUGGCAGAUGCCGUCAUGGCUGUUCUGCUCACAGUCGAAAGUAGCCCGGCCUCCGUGAAGCAAUCCGCCAAAGACAGCCAUCACCAUCAUCACCACCAUGAUCACGGCGAUGUCGCAGAGGCCCCACCUCUUCCCAACCCUCACUUCCACACCUCACCACAAGAGCGACUUGCCCGCAUGCUCAUGAUGCUGGAAGCCCAAUUCGGCGGCGACAACAUUGGUCCCAUUGAGCGGCCUCGUGUCCCCACCGAUCUCGCCCUCGGUCCUUUAAAUGACGGAGGGGAGAUCAAUGACGAACGAUUCUCUGAUAUUGAAGCAGCGGAACUAAACCGUCUCAUCACCAUGGGUGUUCCAGUGCCUGGUAUUGAGAUCAAGGUCGACAAGCACAUUGCUCGCGUUUGGCUUGAAGACUUGGAGGUUGAAUGUGCUAACGCUGUUCUGCGAGACCGUAUCCGCGUCGUUGUGGAACGUGCCAUUGAGACGGCUGCAGGUCUAUGGGCGGACACUUUGAUUCCCCGGGAUGUAGUGGCGAAUGGCUCUACUAACCCUAAAGGAACCAUCGAGUUGGCUGCUAGGAAGAAAGCAGCUGUUCUUGAGAACGAGGCUUGA